AUGGCGUCCUCUACUAUCCAGACAACAGAGCCCGUGAUUCAGCUCAAGGGAGACACCAACCCCAAGGACAUCACCUAUGGCUUCUUGAGAGACAAGGUGCCCGCUCACUGCUGGGAGCGCUCCGCCAUCAAAUCAUUCUCCUACCUCGUCCGCGAUAUCAUCUAUGCAUCCGUGCUCGUAUGGCUGGCUCUCAAGAUUGAUCUCCUGCCUACGCCACUCAUGCGCGCCUCCGCAUGGGUUCUGUACACCUUUGUCCAGGGCUGCGUCGGCACCGGCAUGUGGAUCAUCGGUCACGAAUGUGGUCACGGCUCUUUCUCCGAGUACACCAAGCUCAACAACUUUGUCGGCUGGGCUGUCCACUCUCUUCUCAUGGUGCCCUUCUUCUCGUGGAAGAUCACCCACGCCAGACACCACCGUUACCACGGCCACAUCGACAAGGACACCGUCUUCGUGCCUGCCACCGAGUCCGAGGUCCAGGCCCGCGAGCCCGGCACCCUCGACAAGCUCAUCGAGCUCGUCGAGGAGACUCCUCUCUACCACGCCGUCACUUUGAUCGGCCACCAGGUCCUCGGAUGGCAAUUGUACAUGUUCUUCAACGUUAGCGCUGGAAACAAGUCUCUCCCCGAUAAGGGAACUAGCCCUACCCAGAAGUUCAGAUACAGCCACUUUGACCCCACCGGUCACCUUUUCACCAAGGCCCAGACUCCCCUGAUUGCCAUGACCGAUCUCGGUCUCCUCAUCACCGCUAGCAUCCUCUACUACGUCGCUACCCACAUCGGCUUCUGGAAGGUUGCUCUGCUCUACGUUGUGCCCUACUUCUGGGUCCACCACUGGCUCGUUGCCAUCACCUACCUGCACCACACCCACCCCACUGUUCCCCACUACGACGAGAACAACUGGACCUUCGUCAAGGGCGCCCUCGGCACCGUUGACCGUCGCUUCGGUUUCAUCGGACGUCACUUCUUCCACGAGAUCAUCGACUACCACGUCAUUCACCACCUGUUCCCCAAGAUUCCUUUCUACCACGCCGAGGAGGCCACUGAUGCCAUUGUGCCCUACCUUGGAGACCAGUACCGUCUUGAGGAGGGUCUGUUCCUUAAGGAUCUCGUGAACACCUUCACUACCUGCAAGACCAAGUACGACCCCGACACCAACGGAGAGUUGCACUGGAAGUUUGCCAAGGAUGAGGGAAAGAAGCUCAACUAG